UUGGGGUUCUGAUGAACGACAAGGCGUUUGAUCACACUACAUUUUCUUUGAAACCAGUUUACAAAACCCUCAUCAGUGCCAACCGCCAAAAGGAAGAAAAAGAAGGCUUUUUGCUGUAAAGCCAUGGACGGAGGCACUUCCAAUCCCAACGGCGCGUUGACGGACACGCGCUUUUCCGACCUAAAGCCGCCACUUUCCGAGCCGGUUUUUGAAGCCCUCGCUCAAGGUGGGUUCGAAUUCUGCACGCCGGUUCAAGCUGCGACGAUACCCUUACUCUGCAGCUUCAAGGAUGUAGCCGUGGACGCCGCCACCGGCUCAGGUAAAACCCUAGCCUUUGUGGUACCAAUCGUCGAGAUCCUCCGCAGAGCUUCGACUGCUCCAAAACUUCACCAGGUAAUGGGAGUUGUAAUCUCUCCGACAAGAGAGCUAUCCUCCCAAAUAUACAACGUUGCGCAGCCAUUCGUAUCGACGUUGUCGAAUUUCAAGUCCGUGCUUUUAGUCGGAGGAGCUGAAGUGAAAGCAGACGUGAAGAAAAUUGAGGAGGAAGGAGCUAAUUUAUUGAUUGGCACUCCUGGGAGGCUAUACGAUAUCAUGGAACGCAUGGAAGGUUUGGAUUUUAGGAAUUUAGAGAUUUUGAUUCUAGAUGAGGCCGAUAGACUAUUGGAUAUGGGAUUUCAGAAGCAGAUAUCUUCCAUUAUAUCUCGCUUACCAAAGCUUCGUAGAACUGGUCUCUUUUCAGCUACUCAAACUGAGGCAGUUGAAGAACUAUCCAAGGCAGGACUGAGAAACCCUGUGAGAGUUGAAGUUCGGGCAGAAACAAAAUCGGAUAAUAAUUUAGCAUCAUUACAACAAUCAUCCUCUUCAAAAACACCUUCUGGCCUGCACCUUGAGUAUUUGGAGUGUGAAGGAGACAAGAAACCAUCACAGCUUGUUGAUCUUCUUAUUAAGAACAGGGAUAAAAAAAUUAUAAUAUACUUCAUGACUUGUGCCUGUGUUGACUACUGGGGCCUUGUUCUUCAACGCCUUGCCUGUUUAGAAGGUUUCUCUUUAAUUUCUCUACAUGGGAAGAUGAAGCAGACUGCAAGGGAGAAAGCAUUAGCUUCAUUUACAUCGCUUUCAAGUGGCAUUCUUCUAUGCACUGAUGUUGCAGCGCGGGGACUUGACAUUCCAGGUGUUGAUUGCAUAGUUCAGUAUGAUCCCCCUCAAGAUCCAAAUGUCUUCAUACAUAGAGUUGGACGAACAGCUCGUAUGGGUAGACAAGGAAGUGCAAUUGUUUUCCUGUUGCCAAAGGAGGAAGCUUAUGUAGAAUUUCUACAUCUAAGAAGGGUUCCUCUUCAAGAGAGGAAAUUCUCUGAUGAUGCUCCUGAUGUUGUUCCGCAGAUACGGUCUGCUGCAAAGAAAGAUCGUGAUGUCAUGGAAAAAGGACUUAGGGCAUUUGUUUCUUAUGUCCGAGCCUAUAAAGAGCAUCACUGCUCUUACAUCUUCAGGUGUUUAUCUCUCUCUCUCUCUCUCUCUCUCUCUCUAUGGCAAUUAAUUUUUUGUUUUAAUACAGGUGGAAAGAACUUGAAAUUGGGAAAUUGGCCAUGGGAUAUGGCCUAUUACAGCUUCCAGCAAUGCCUGAGGGAUAAGUCACGUGAGAAACAAAGGAAGAGGAAUUUGCAAGCAAAGAAAGAAGCAAAGCAGCGAGAACCAAAACCUCAAAAGCCCAGCAAAGCUCCAAAUGCUGCGGCUACUGUCAUGAGGAAGAAAACAGCAAAACAGAGACGUGCUGCCCAGACAAUUGAAGAUCAGGAUGAGUUAGCACGGGAAUACCGACUACUGAAAAAGCUAAAAAGGGGAGCUAUUGACGAGAGCGAAUAUGCAAAGUUAACAGGAACCGAGGAGUUACUUUGAAGCUUACAAUUCAUACUUGUUUAGUUUGUGAUCUAAUUAUGUUGGUCCUGCCUGUCAAGAGUUUUAUGAGUUGAAGAUGAAUCGAAAGCCAUGUGCAGAAAUUUUUUAGUCAUGGAGUCGAUGAAUGAAUAGCUUUUCUAACUUAUUUGCUUUUCUGAAUUUUGUUAUUUUCCCUCAGAAAUAUCAUACCAUUUAGACUUUAGAAAAAGAUGAACCAGAGUAGAAAAUUGUAUAAAGAUGUUGUAUCUUUUUCAAUUAAAAAAGCUAUAUUACGUUUUUUUUGGCUUUGA